CCUAUUGCAGCUUGGGCUUCCUCUCCCCCCCGGUUGCUGCUGCUGCAGCUGAGCCUCCGUUCUUGGAAGCGAGAGAGAGGGAGGGAGGAGGGAGGCAAUUGGUGAGGCUUUUGGAGGAGGAAAGGGAAGCUUCGGGCCCCAGCAUCCUCCUCCUCCUCUUGCUCACUCACCACGCUCUCCUCUCACCAAACUCUCUCUUAUCUCCUUCCAAGAUCCCAACCCCUUUUCUUCUUUUUUUUUGUUUGUUCUUGUUAGGAUCAUUUUCUUGAUCUUUCAAGCUCAGCUCCAGCACUCCCCCCGUUCGUUUCCAGCUGCAGCAGAGAUCUUGGUUAGUUGGAUUUUUAGCUUCCGUGUUUUUUGAGCGAGUUCUUGGUUAAUUGCUCCAAUCCGAGAAAAAUCACCAAGUGUCCUUUGCUUCCCUCCCUCCCCCCUUGUUUUCUGGGCUUCGAUUCGAUCGAAUUCGAAUCCCCGUCCCAAAUUUAUUUAUUUUCCCACCCCUCCUUUGUGUAAAAAGCGGGUUCCAUCGCGUCACCCGCACGGCUCGUCCGAUCGAAAAGCAGCUUGAAGAAGAAAAAGUGAGAGUUCUUGAUUCGAUUCUGGUCGUAGCAGCAGCAGCAGCAGCGUCUUCACUGGUUCGUUCUUUGUUUAUUUAUAAGGAGCAGCGCCCAAUCCGAGCUGCUGCUCCUCCACCGCGGCGGCGGCGGCGGCGGUGUUUGAUCGAUGCUUGCCUUGGUGGCCACCUUCGUCUUGGCCUGCCUCGUGUUCUUGUCGAAGCCAUGCGCGCGUGAGAUGAGAUUGUUCCUGUCGACGCUGUGCCAAGAACUCGCCCUCGCGCUGCUCGGGUUCCUGGCCGGGCUCCGGCUGCUCGGCGGCGUCGGCGCCGGCGCGGCGGCCGAGACCACCAUGCCGCUGAUGCCGUCCUUCAAGAGGAAGCGCGCGGCGGCCGUGGAGGAGGGCGGCGGCGGCGGAGGAGGAGGAGGCGGCGAGGAGGCCGGCGGCGAGCCGUCGGUGCUCGACCUGCCGGAGCUCGCCAUCGAGUGCAUUCUCGCGAGGCUUCCCCCCUCCGAGCUGCGGAACAUGGCCGGCGUCUGCCGCUCCAUGCGGGAGCGCUGCCGCGGCGACCACCUCUGGGAGCGCCACAUGUCGGAGAAGUGGGGCGGCGUCCUCGGCCACGCCGCGAGGGAGGAGUGGAGGACGUACCUCGCGUCGGCGGCCGACACGGGCGGCGCCGCGGCGUCGUGCUCGCUCGCCGGCGGCGGCAGGCACCGGAGGUGGCUCGCCGCGCUGUCCUGCGUCUGCCCGGUGGUGUCCUGGAUGCGUCCCAGGGCCGACGGCGGCAGCGGCGGCAAGUCGGCCGGCCCCGUGCUCGAUGAUUCGAUCAUGUCGUGGUAUCUGUCCAUGGAGAGUGGCAAGUUCUGGUUCCCGGCUCAGGUCUACAACCGUGAGCAUGGGCAUGUUGGAUUCAUGAUGUCAUGCUACGAUGCAGAGCUCAGCUAUGAUUUCCACAGUGAUACCUUCCGUGCAAGGUAUCCACCACACGGACGACGGACCGUAGUCUUGGAGGACGGGGUACACUGGGAUAGGGUCAGGGCACCUCCAGUAGACACUCACGCACAUGAUCUCCAUGCCUCUGACUGCUUACACGAACUCCGGCCAGGCGAUAACAUUGAGAUCCAAUGGAGAAGGAACAAGGAAUUCCCCUAUGGCUGGUGGUAUGGAGUUGUUGGCCACUUGGAGUCAUGUGAUGGAAGUGAGCACUUUUGUCGGUGUCAUCUUAGUGACACUGUUGUUCUGGAGUUCAACCAAUACACACCUGGUUCAAGAUGGAGGCAGGCGCUGGUGAACCGGAAGGACCACAGGGAAGAGGGCAAUGAGGGCGACGGUUUCUACGGUGGAAUCAGGAAGCUCCGCAGCAAGGAUGAGAUCUCAAAGUGGAGACAGUUGUGGCCAACAGACAUUCUUGAGUAGCAAGGACAGAGAUUAUUAUUCCACUGUUGUUAUUCAUCAAGUUGCCAAAUUGAUGCUCUCCAAUUGCUCAUUCUGUAUUCUGAAACCUGACGAAAACGCCACCCAUCUCCUCCACUCAAGUUGUAUACACAAAGGAUUGGAACAUGGGGUGACAAAAUUUGGUAGCUUGGGACACAAUUGUGAAACUUACUGUAAGGCACGGAUGCACAGAUUGCUUCUGUAAACGGGCGUUAACUGAACAUGUAUCAAGUCUACAGCAUUGUAUGUGACUGCUGCAGCCUGUGCCUCUGCAUGUUGUUGUAGCUGUAGAGCAGAAAGAUCAAAUGUAAAUUACAUUGUUAGCUCCAAUUUAAUUUACGGCAUUUCAGGAUGCCGUCUCACGGUUACCCUAUC